AUGGCGUUUCAGACUUCCCCGCGGCCAUCUUUGCGUAAGAGGAAUAUUAGCGUGUGGCGCUGCAGAGACACCGCCGCUCCUGCAGGGGGCAGUACAGAGCGGCGCAGUCACAGCGCUCAGAACAAAACCAACUCUCAAAUGGCGGCACGAAAACGAAGCAUAGUGUGGUCAUUUUUCCAAGCGGAGGACGAUAAAAGAGUAUUAUGUCUCCUUUGUAUGAAAACGGUUUUAUAUUUCGGUCACACGACCAACAUGCUUCGCCAUUUACGAGCGAAACAUCCGAAUGAUUUCUCCGCUUUGGACAAAAGAAAAUCCACAUCGGGAAAAAGCGCAUCCAACCAUAAUAACGGCUGUGUAGAAGUGACCGUCAUGAUGGACGAGCAGCAGGUGGAAGUCCCGGCCGAGGUCGGAGACGCCGAGAUGGACGGCGCGAUCCGCGGAAUCCUGUGCGCCGCGGCGGGAGAAGCAGCGACGGAAGGAGAGGCGUCCGGGUGCGAAGGCGAGGGCAGAGGGACUCAGGAAGGCAGCCCCGCCCCGAACCAAACCCCGACCUCGCGCAAGUGGAGCGCGGUGUGGGUUCAUUACCGCAAAGUGGACCAGGAGAAGAAGGCGCUGUGUUUGCUGUGCAUGGAGAAGAUCCAGCACCAGAGCAGCACCAGCAACCUCAUCAGACACCUGCAGAACAAGCACCCGGCCGAGUACGCCCAGCUCGAGGAGCACUCGCAGAAACGACCCCCCAAACGCAAGAACGAGGAUCCCGAUUACGUCCCUGCGACCUCGCCCAAAACUCGCAGCGUUCCCGCCGGCCGCAUCGUUCCGUCCCCGCUCAGCAGCAGCCUAACAGUAGUCGACUGGAGCGACGGGCGGCGGAUCCUGGAGCGCGAGCGCGAGCUGACGGAGGCGUUGAGACGCGUGCAGCAGGAAGAGGGACGGAGUUUGCAGCAGCAGAGGGAUUUAAUGCAGCAGAUCCGAGAGCUGGACGCGGAACGGCGAGCGCUUCAGAACCAGAAACGCGAGCAGGAGGACGAACAUCACAGACUGAAGAGGGAAAAGGAGGAGCUGGAAACCGUCAGGAUGGAGCUCCAGAAGGAAAAAGAAGAACUCCAGAAGGAGAGGGAGGAGCUGUUUAAGGCCAAGGAGGAGUUUCGGAAAGAGAGGGAGGAUUUGGAGAGACAAAGACAGGAGAUGCAUAGAGAGGGACACAUACAGGGCCAAGUGUCCGAGUUUUACAACUGUUGAUUCGUCUUAACGCUUCACUGUCCAUGCAGGAUCUUUCCAGUUCUUUGUAAUUUUUAAAAUGUUUAGUGAACGUAGCUGACAGAUUUCAUUACUUUGCCUUUUUUUUUGUUUCCCCUCUCUGGACGUACUCCAUGAUGAGACCUAAUGAUGAUGAUGAUGAUGAUGAUGAUGAUGAAGGUGAGGGAGGAGAUUUUCCUGUAAACGAUGCAUUUCACUGUGUAAUUUUUAACAUUGUAAGUUCUGCAGAACUCAAUACAGCGUUCUCACACACUCCUGUCACCGAGCCGUCCUUUUUCUAAUCGCAUCAGUGUCUCUCCGGUGUUACACUCUGAAACCUGACAGUAGCCUCUGUCUCUCUCUCUCUCUCUCUCAAUGUAUAAAGUAUUGGCACCCCUCUGCCCCAUCCGGCGGUGGACCGGGACCCCUGAGCGGAUCUGAUUUUACUACAUCGGUGUUCCGGUUGAGUUUUGUUUCAUUUUGAACCAUUUCCUCGUUAAUGAUCUGACCUUUCCACGACCCCAUCUUUCAGUAAAAACGUCUGUAUUCGAAUUGUAUUCGACUAAACCUGAAAUUAAGCAUCACUAAAAAAGAUCUUAACUAAAUUGUGAAUUGUAUUUCCUGAAUAUUGUUACACCUAGAUUUACUAUUACUAUUGUUAUUAUUAUUAUUAUUAUUAUUAUUAUUAUUAUUAUUAGCCUUUUGUGUGUAAUUGUCCCACAGGGUAGCAAGUUAUUAUUUUUUAUUAUUAUUAUUAUAAUUAUUAUUAUUAUUUUUUUAAUCUUUGGUUCAUUUUAUAAAUGAAACACAAAGCGAGGCUUUUAAAAGUUGACCGGGACACGAGAUCACUCGUCUCUCGUGUAGGAGAAAUGUUUUAUGUUCAUAAUGUGUAUCCAUUAUUUUAUGCAUAAAGCAUAAAAUAUACAACUGUUUUUUAAAAAAAAACAUCCAAUUGUAUUUUCAAAAGUAGCAGAAAUGAAUUCUAAUUAUUAUAAUUUUUAAAAAAAAAUCAGCUUGGCCCUGGUAAUAUUGAAACUAUAAAUCCUAUUCCUAUAAAUCCUGAACUACAUGCAUGUUCACUCCUGAUUAAAUAAAAACAUUUUAGAAACA